AGGCAAAAAAAAAAAAACAAAAAACAAAAAGCGUAGACCUUCAAAAUGACGAACUCAAGCAAUUAACCUCUGUCAGGGUAUACAAAUGCGAAAAAUGGAUUUCUGCGAGGGCCACAAAACGAUUUCAGAACUUUUGCCUUGGCAAUUGCGAAAUGCCAAAAUGCGAAACACAUUUCGGGUUCAAGUUGCUGAUGGUGAUUGUUGCCGCUGCAAAUGCCACUGCUGCUGUUGCUGCUGCUGAUGUUUUGGAACUUAUCAACACGCCGAUCACCUGCGACAGUUUCCGUUUUGCCUCAGAUACAUGUAGUCACCCAUUGAGACAGGACCUAAUUGCCCCGCACCCAGUUACACUUACAGCUCGAGUUCCAUUCCCACAACCAGCGAGCCACCGAACCCUCAACCCAACCCAACCCGAACCCAAGCCCCCGCUCAAGGUGAGCAGUGUAAAAACUUCCUGUGCACUCAUUUAGUCCUGCUGAGCUGUUGUCCCUUAUGUAAGCAGCAGCAACAUCAGCAGCAGCAGCAACACCAACUGCGACAACAGCAACAGCAGCAGAAACACGGAGCAACACGCCCCUUUCACCCGAACAAUACAAUACACAAAAUGAAACGAAAAGGAGCUGAAAAAAAAAACGGAUAUAGAAAUUCAAUACUUUGAUUCGUGCCACAAGCAAAACGAAGGAAGUGCAACCAUACAAGGUAACCAAAUAGCAGGACAACACGUACCACAAGCACUUGUUGGGAUGUUCAGCUUACACUGCGAAAAUCGCAAAUCAGGGAUUAUACUUGGGGAUUCAAAAACAAUUACCAAUAUCAUGAGGCGGCUAAGCGAAGGAUUUAUCAAUGAAUGAGAAACACCUUUAUCUAAACACCUUUAUAACCAUUU